UCUGCAGUCUGUUCUGCGCGUCCGUGGCGAUGGUUUCGAAGGCGGCCUUAGGCCGUCACGCGUGUGCGUGCUGAGACUGCGUCUGUGCGCAAGCUGUCAAAGUUCCGUGGGCGCGACCUACCUUCCACGAACAAGCCGCUACCGUCGACUUUACUCGCCAGUUGAAAGGAUUGCACCGAAACAGGCCAUGACGGACUACGAGCGCAUCAAGCGGUCGUGCCUGAAGCGCGGCGAACUGUGGGAGGACCCAGACUUCCCGGCGACGCAGUCCUCCGUCUUCUACCACCAGACGCCGCCCUUCCAGUUCGUGUGGAAGAGGCCCAAGGAGCUGUCUCCCAGGCCCGUUUUCGUGCACGACGCACCUGCGCAGUUCGAUAUCGUUCCCGGCAAAAUGGGGGACCGGUGGCUGGUGUCGUGCCUGGGCGUGCUGUACCUGAGCAAGGGCCUGUUCUACCGCGUGGUGCCGGCCGACCAGACGUUCGAGCAGUACGCGGGCGUGUUCCGCUUCCGGCUGUGGUGGUGCGGCGAGUGGCUGGAGGUGCUCGUCGACGACCGCCUGCCCACCGUGCACGGCCGCCUCGCCUUCCUGCAGGCGCAGCACUCCGACCAGUUCUGGCCCGGCCUGCUCGAGAAGGCCUACGCCAAACUGCACGGGUCGUACGAGGCGCUCAAGUACGGCACUCUGCUGGACGGCCUGGCCGACCUGACGGGCGGCAUCACCGAGAGCGUCGGCCUGCGCCAGGACGCCACCACGUGCGGCCGCGUGCUCGCCAAGCUGCUCGACAUGACCUCGCUCGUCACCUGCACCGUGCAGCCCGCCACCACGCAGGUCCGGAAUCAAGUUGAAAAGCUUGCAAAUGGAAUACACAUUGGGACCAAUUACCGCUUAUAUGCCAUCGAAAGGGUUGAAACUUUUAAUGGGGAACCAGUGCAACUAGUCCGCCUGCGUAAUCCCUUGGGUCCUGGUGGGGAGUAUGUGGGUGCAUGGGCCAGGGAUUCACCAGAAUGGGAUGAGGUACCACCCAGUGAGAAAGAGCGUCUCAAUGUGCGGCACAUGGGAGAAGGUGAAUUCUGGAUAUCCUAUUCAGAUUUUGUGAAGACAUUUACACACCUGGAGGUUGUCCAUUUGGACAGUGAUACAAGUCGAGAUGAGCCAUCACUUCAUCAUAAAAACACAUGGCAAAUGCGACUUUAUCAGGGCUCUUGGAGGAGAGGAGUAACUGCUGGUGGUUGCCGAAAUAAUCCUGACACUUUCCACAUAAAUCCGCAGUUACAUCUCAUACUGAGUGAGAUGGAAGAAGUUAUAAUUUCUUUGAAUCAACACAGUAUAAUGGAACCAAAGGUCAUAGGAUUUACAGCAUACUCAUUACCAAAAAACAGCACUGAAACUAUUGGGAAGACAUUUUUUAAGAAAAAUAAAUCCCUUGUGAACUCCCAGUAUACAAAUAGCAGACAGGUCAGCCACAGAUGUCAGCUUGAGCAGGGUGGUUAUCUUGUAUUACCAACUACUUUUGAACCAAGUCAAGAGUCAAGCUUCACACUAAGGGUUUAUUCCAGCAAACCACUGAAAUUAAAGUUGUUGGACAUUCACCCAUCAUUAGUUAAGUCAGCAAUUAUCAAGGCACCACCCUUACUGGAUGGAAAAAGUUUCAGCCAAUAUGAAGCUGUCUUUCUUCAGUUGGCUGAUGAGCAUCGGACUGUUAAUGCAUUUGAAUUACAAGAGCUGUUAGAUGCUUGCUUACCAAAUGAUUACAUCAAGAGCUGUGCUUGUAUGGAAGUAUGCAGACAAGUGGUUCUUACACUAGAUACAUCGGGUAGUGGAAGAUUAAAAUUCAAUGAUUUUAAAGAUCUCAUGUGCAGCUUAAAAUACUGGCAGAUAGCCUUUAAGAACCACACAAAGGAAAAAACUGGAAUAUUAAAGGCAGAAAGGCUAAGAGAUGCCCUUUUGGAAGUUGGAUUCCAACUUAACACAGAUGUUCUAUCAAUCUUAAUUCUUCGCUACAUGAGAAAGGAUGGAACUUUGCGAUUUGGUGAUUUUGUGUCUGCUAUUCUUCAUCUCACUGUGGCAUUUAAUGUUUUUGAAUCAAAGGAUCCUUUGCAGAAUGGAAGUAUUAAACUAAGCCUUGCAGAGUGGCUGAAGACAUCUUUAAUGUGCUAACACACAGGAAGCUGCACUAUCAUCUUGCUCAAUAAAAUUGACCAUGACGUGUGAAUUCUGUAGUCUUGUCCUUAGCUAGACUGAGCUUAGAGCUCAUUGUUAUAGUUAGGUCAGCUGAAACUGAUUGUGAUUAUUUUGAAAGUUCAGAUAUCUAUAUUUGUACAUAUUUUUUACAACAGUGUAUGUAUAUUUUUUAGUAAUUGUACAUAUACAGUCAUAAACAUGUGUGUGUGUGUGUGUGUGUGUGUGUGUGUGUGUAUAUACAUAUACAUUUUCCUCAAUUUGUCAGUUUUUGUUGUAAUUCUUGAUUAGCAAGAGUACUUCUCUUAUACUUAAAUUUAUUUUCUUCUUUUGACCAUUAGUAGAACUUCUCCAUAGAGAUAUGGCUUUAAAAUAAAAAGAUCAGGUACUUCAAACUAUAUUCCAUGCUUCUUUCAUAGUUGUGAGGACUAGAACACACAGUUCUGAAGAUAGUACUAAAUUUUUAGAACGCGUAACAGUGUCUUGUGCAAUAACAUGCACCCUAUCUCUUUUUCACACCCACCUGCUUCCCCAGUCACUGGUGACUCCCCUUUCUUUUUUUAUAUCAUUACAUUUUCGCUACAAAUUCUGUAAAUUGCAAUAAUAAAUUAAGUAGAUAUUGUAUUCUCCUUGAAUCAACCUAUUUGUAACAAAUCAGAAACAGCUCCUUUAGUUUUAUUAGCAGUAAUUCUUCCACAAAUAUGCUACGCAAGUAGUGCAGUAUAUGAAACAUAUGAGUCAGUUAAAUCAGAUGAUAGACUACCAAGAUAGAUUUGUUUUAGUUUUUGACUUGGUUUACUAAAAUUUGUUAUUGCAAUCUUUCUUCUUACUUUUUCCACUUUCAGUUUUCCCCAUCCUUACAGCUGUGUACUCACCUGUUACCAGUAUCAUAUACAUAUGUUUUUUUAGCUAAUUAUUUAUGUCUUUGCCAGUCUGUGAGCAUCAUGUAGGCCUAUUUCAUGUUUCAUUUUCAUUGUAUGUAUCUACUCAUCUCCUGAUUUCUUGAAUGCUAUAAUCUUUAACAUGCUUUAUAGAUACUUCAUUUGUUUCUGUAUUUCUUACAGAAAUGGAUUUGAUUUUAAAAGGUGCAACCAUGUGAUAUUGACUGACAUUUUGCCUCAUUUAGUAAUUGAUAUGGUGUCAUGUUUAGCAAUAUCAUUGUGGUUAUUUAUGUUAAUAUCACUUGGGAUAUGCACACUGAAGAAAUUCCCAAAAGAUACCUUCACGUAAACAAUAAGCACACAAAUGUAAAAUAAAAUCAUGCUGAGAAUGUUUGAUUCCUGUUCUAAGAAGUGUUAUGGUGACUCUAUAGAAUAAAAUUACUAUUAUAUAUCCAGAGAACAGCAGUGUAUUCUAUGUUUAAAUCCUCCAUUGAGCACUAGAUCAGGGAAAGAGAGAAGACCUUGAGCUACUGACAAGGCAUUUUUGAGCACAUUAUCUUCCUUUUCUCUGAACAACAAAUAUAAAGUACCUCAUUAAUCAAGCAUUAUGUACCAUUUGUAUAAUUAACAUUCCAAUAAAUUGUAAAGUGCUGUUAAAAAGUGCAGUAUGUUAUCGUGGAUAGCCACCUUGAAAUCUAACUUUUUCAGUCCUUGGUACCACAAUUUAUAAAUGUACAAAACUCAUUAUGAGAUACGAUGUACAAAUUUUAUGUGAUUUAUAUUUUUUUAUGUAACUUGUGAUUUUCACUAAUAACUAAGUGUAGAAUAUGUAAAAACAUAAAGUUUGUAUUAUAUUUUAUACAGAAUAUUUUUGCAUAAAUUUGUAAAUAAUGUGUUAUGCCUUUGAAAUUAAUUUGUAAAUAAAAUAAUAAAAGACA